CUAUUGGGUGGGGGUUCAGUGCUGCUGCUACUGCUGCUGCUGAACCCCCCGCCCCCUUGACUCUCUACUUCCCCACAACACCUACAGCAGGUACAGGCUGAGGCGGACUCCCAGAUCCUCACAACCCACCUCUACCUGUUUUCUGCUCUCCUUGCUGCUCCCAGAUGCUGCUGCCUGCUGCCCGAUAUUGAUGGAGAAAAACAAAAACAAACAAACAAAAAAAAACGGUAGCUGAAAAAGAGGAAACUGGGCAGAGUUGAGCCAUUCUGUGGUUAGCCUGGCCCAUGUGUCCCUUGAAACCCUGGCCAUGUGACGUGGGAGCUGCAAGAGCUGUUCACAAAGCCAGUUACCUACCAGAGCAAGAAUCGGGAUCUAACGCGCUCUGAGCCCAAGCCAUAUGCCCAGCCCUUGGACUCUGGAGCAGCAGCCUCAACCACCAAGGGUAGCCGUGGACCCAGGAAACCUGAGAAUCCAGAUUUCUUCUCAACCAUGGCGGAUGAGCAGGCAGGAAGAUGGUUUUCUGAGGCACUUCAGCGAGAGCACAGAAGACCUCAGCUUGGAUAUGGGAGCCCUUCAGGGCACCGAGUAUCUCCGGGAUCUAGGCUUAGGGGCCCCUUCUGACCUCCAUCAGUCUGAAGUGCUUAUGGAUCCUGAGACCCCGAGAAAAGAAGCCAGAAGAGAGUCCUCCCACACAAGCUGCGAAGGAACCUCAGCUCCACCACAAAGGCACAGCUGGGAGAGGCCCCGGAGCUGCUCAGAGAGUUGUAGAAGGCUCAGCCUUGAUGCCUCCACGGUGGGCGAAGGGGCCUGUCUCCCCCGGACUCUGGCUAGCCUUGCUCUGAAUCUGUCUGGAGAUGGGCAGAAGACUUGGACUCAAGGAUGCUUACCUGUCAGUGAGACACCAGCACCCUCAAGCAAGGAAUGCAGCAGCCCCGAGACAAGGCUAAGAUCCAAGUCGGUGCCUGUGGCCUGUGAGGUCAGCUGUCUGCAACUGGCUUCUGGUGCGGAUGUGCUCGCUCCGCCUGUACAAGGCCUUGAACCCCCGGUGCUGGAGUGUUUGGAAAAGGACCAUGUGGAGCCAGACCACGUGUUGAUAGUGCAACAGGUGCUUCAGGAGCUGAGGCAGUAUCAUGGGGCCCGUCAGCGAGCUCACAUGCCCGUCAGCCCUGGAGGAGUCCACUCCAACCUCACCUGGUUUGAGUUCCUGUCUGAGAGCGAGGAUGGAGCGUGCAAGAACGAGAAACCAGACAAGGGCACCAGAGUGAAGCGCAGCCUGAGCUCCCUUCGCAGCAGGGUCACGAGGCAGAAGGAGAAGGGGAAGAGCCCAGCACAUCUAAAAGAGAAGGUUCAGGAUAGUCCGGGGAGACGGGAGUGCGUCAAUGGACACCAGCUGGUGCGAGGAACCUUCUCGGGCCACUCCAGCUGUCCGCUGUGCGGUGAACCUUUGCUGAGCUCAGCCUCCCUGAAGGAGCACCCUCGGAGCACACCCCUGUCUGAUGGCAGCAGCCCAGCUCCCUCCAGGAAUGUCGGCAUGACCGUCUCUCAGAAAGGGGGUCUCCAGCCAACGCCGAGCCCAGCUGGAUCUGGGGUGCGACUUGGACCAAUCGCUGGAGACAUGGAUGAAGCCGACUCCGUGUUUUUAAAACUGAAGCAGUCUGCCGACGAUUCUCUGUCACUCACACCCUCGAACGCUGAGUCUGUCUUCAUAGAAGAUCCUUACAUUACCGCACUGAGGUGUGAGAUCGAAUCAGAUGCCCAUGAGUUUGAGGCUGAGUCCUGGAGCCUCUCUGUGGAUUUAGCAUAUGCCAAGAAACAGAAGAAGGAGGUGGUAAAGAGACAGGACGUCCUGUAUGAACUGAUGCAGACAGAGGCGCAUCACGUGCGCACACUGAAGAUCAUGCUGAAAGUGUACGCCAGAGCCCUGCAGGAGGAGCUGCAGUUCAGUGGCCAGGCAGUCAGCCGCCUGUUCCCGUGCGCAGAGGACUUACUGGACAUGCACAGCCAUUUCCUCGCCUGCCUUAAGGAGCGUCGGCAGGAGUUCCUAGAGGAGGGCAGUGACCGGAAUUAUGUCAUCCAAAAGAUCGGAGAUGUCCUGGUUCAGCAGUUCUCAGGAGACACUGGGGAGAGGAUGAAGGAGAAAUACGGCGUGUUCUGUAGCGGCCACAAGGAUGCAGUCAGUCACUACAAGUUACUGCUGCAGCAGAGCAAGAAGUUUCAAAACUUAAUCAAGAAAAUUGGCAACUUUUCCAUUGUGCGACGGCUGGGGGUGCAGGAGUGUAUCCUUCUGGUCACACAGCGUAUAACCAAGUACCCGGUGCUGGUGGAACGCAUUAUCCAGAACACAGAAGCUGGCACUGAGGACUACAAGGACCUGAGCCAGGCCCUGAACCUCAUCAAAGACAUCAUCUCACAAGUGGACGCCAAAGUCAGUGAGUGUGAGAAGGACCAGCGUCUCAAGGAGAUCGCAGCCAAGAUGGACUUGAAGUCAUCCAGCAAACUCAAAAACGGGCUAACCUUCCGCAAAGAGGACAUGCUGCAACGUCAGCUCCACCUGGAAGGCACCCUGUGCUGGAAGGCUGCGUCUGGGCGCUUGAAAGAUGUCCUCGCUGUCCUGCUGACUGAUGUGCUUUUGCUGCUGCAAGAAAAGGAUCAGAAAUACGUCUUCGCUUCUGUGGACUCAAAGCCGCCCGUCAUCUCUCUGCAAAAGCUCAUCGUGAGAGAGGUAGCCAACGAGGAGAAGGCCAUGUUUCUCAUCAGCGCCUCCAUGCAGGGGCCAGAGAUGUACGAGAUCUAUACCAGCUCCAAAGAGGACAGGAACAUCUGGAUGGCCCACAUCCGCCGGGCUGUGGAAAGCUGUCCUGACGAGGAGGAGGAGGGUGUUUCCAGCGAGGCAGAGGAGAGGAAGAUAGCUGAAGCUCGCUCCACAAAACUCCGGGAAUUUCAAGAGCGACUGAGCCUGAAAGACCAGCUGAUUGCCCAGAGCCUUCUGGAGAAACAGCAGAUCUACCUGGAGAUGGCUCAGCUGAGCGGACUAGAAGAAUCAGCCCAGUACCGAGGCCUCUUCCGAGGAGGAGGAGGAGACUCCUCUGAGACCCUACAGGGGGAGCAGAUUCUCAGAUCAGCCAUGAGUGAGAUUGAGGGCAUCCAGAGCCUCAUCUGCCAGCGCCUGGGCAGCACCAGUAGCCAAGUGGAGGAGGGAGGUGCCUCUGCAGGCCUGCCUCGGAGGGCUGAGACCUUCGGGGGCUAUGACAGUGUGGGCAGCCCCAGCAAGGGUGGCAGCUUUAAAAGGAAGGUGUACAACAGUGACCCCAGGCCCCAAGACUGCCAGGGGCCUGCUAGCGACCCGGACUCCAGGCCCUGUGACAACAGCACCCCCAGUGGCAGCUGUGAGGAAUCGCCACAGACUGGGGAGAUGCCUAGCACAGAGAGUAGUUCCUGUCUUCCCGCUGUUCUGGAAUCAGAGCUGGUCCGCCGGGUCCAGACUCUAUCGCAGUUGCUUCUUAGUCUCCAGGCAGUCAUCGCCCAACAGGAUAGCUAUGUGGAGAUGCAAAGAACCGCCAUCCAGGAGCGGGAGAAGCAGUUCCGGCUGCAGUCGACCCGUGGGAACCUGCUGCUAGAGCAAGAGCGGCAACGCAACUUUGAGAAGCAGCGUGAGGAGCGCGCCGGAGUGGAGAAGCUGCAAAGCCAACUGCGCCAGGAGCAGCAACGGUGGGAGCGGGAGCGGGCGCGUCAGCAGCAGGAACUGGAGCUGGCAGGGGCGCGGCUGCAGGAGCGAGAGGGCGAGGCGCGCCAGCUGCGCCAGCGGCUGGACCAGGAGCGCACCGAGCUGGAGCGCCAGCGCCAGGCCUACCAGCAGGAUCUGGAGCGUCUGCGCGAGGCCCAGCGAGCAGUGGACCGGGAGCGGGAGCGCCUGGAGCUGCUACGCAGGUUCAAGAAACAGAACACUGUACCGGGGGCGCUGCCCCCGGAGGCGCUGGCAGAGGCCCAGCCUGCAAGCCACCCUCCCAGCUUCAACGGGGAUGGGCAGGAGGGGCACUUGGCCCCAGCCAAAGCACCAGGAGCCCAAGGGAGCAUGCUGCUACACGGCCCAGGACCCGAGUACGUAGAGCGGCCUGAGGUGGCCCGCUGCGACAGUGCCCCAGCUGAGAGCCGGCCAGCCAAGAGCGACGUGCCCAUCCAGCUGCUCAGCGCCACCAAUCAGAUUCAGAGGCAGACGGCCGUGCAGCAGCAGAUCCCCACCAAGCUGGCCGCCUCCACCAAGGGAGGCAAGGACAAGGGCAGCAAGAGCAGGUCUUCCCAGCGCUGGGAGAGCGCAGCAUCCUUCGACCUGAAGCAGCAGCUGCUCCUCAACAAAUUCAUGGGCAAGGAUGAGAAUGCACCCCGAAACCGCCGCUCUCUGAGUCCCGGCCUGCCUGCCGCCCAUGCAUCCGCACCUGCCCCAGAUCCCUGCUUCCCAGCCCCAAGCCCGGGCCCUGCUGCCGCACCCCCCGAGGCCUUCAAGUUUGGAGGCACGGCACUGCCACCUGCCUCUCCAGCUCCCUCACUGCCAACCACACCACUCACCAGCACAGAUGAAGCUGGCAAGGAAGAUGUCAUCUUCUUCUGAGGGGCCGUGACCCCAAGAGCAGACCCUUUCUGUCUUAUAACCCUUUAUGUCUCUGGGGGUCCUAUGGGCGACUUCUGUCUGGCCGUCCCCUUCCCCUGCACAAGCACAGCCAGGUACUUGUUCGCCUGAGAUUGCCCAGUUGGUGUCUUGGGUCUCACAGCUCUUUACUGAUUUAGUGGUAAAACAUGGGUAGCCCCUUGAACAUACAUACAUACAUGUGUCCACACACACACACACACACACACACGCUCAAAGUUCUUUUAAGUUGAAGGUGGAACCCCAGCUAAACCACAGAGCUAUUUUAAACCAGAGGCAUCAAGUACAGAGCUUGGGAGCCAGGAGCCAGGCUCCAUAGCAGGCGGGUCUGAGGCGAUACCAGCUCCAGGGCAGACUCUAUAACCCCAGGAUCUCGGGAUUGAACAGGGUCAUUUUGCACCAGAAGGCAGGGUGCAGCUCUGGGAAGCGCUCUCCCAGCGCUGGGAAGCCCUGUGCUUGCUGCCCGCGUCCUUGCCUCUCUUGGUGUAGCCGGCCAGCUUGGUGGGAUCUGCUGCUGCACAGCUGGAUGGCAUGGCUCUCGGCAGGGACACUUGAUUCAGUGACUAGAAUCACCAUCGUCCCGCAAAUCUCCACCUGCACAGCAGCGACUGGUUCUGGCUACAGCCUUGACCAGUAAUUGAACUGGGCAACUACAGAGGACCACCGAGUUGGACACUCAGGCAGCCCACGAAGCGACGGACUGGCUCUGUGGGUUCCGAAAUCAGUCUGAAGAGGGGUUGCCAACUGUCACUCCUUGUCGUAGUUCAGGUUUCCCCAACUCUGCUUCUCCAGCCUGCCAGGUCGUCCCAUCCACCUUAUCUGAGAUGCAGAUCCAGGCUCAGCAGGGCAGCACGUAUCCCAGACAGACAGUGUUUGAUCGCUCUGAAAUGAGCAAGUUUUCCCUGAUCCCUUCAGUGUCCCCACAGAAAAGCAGAGCUAACACAUUCAGGGACAUGUGGAGGAACAGCCUGGUGACAUUGCUGGUGAGUAGCCCCAGAUGGCCAUCUUGGUACCACUUCAGUCUGUGCAGGAGUCAGGACAGCAACUGGUCAGGUCUGGUGGUGGUCCCAGAACUGGGCAGGUCUGAUUUCCAGGUCCUAGCAUACCUAGACCUGGCCAAAGUCCAGAAUCAUCCCAUACCCAGGUUUCCCUGCUGCACCCUGCCCUGCAGUGCUAACAGGCCGGACCCAGUCCUACACUGAUGGCUCUUAGUACUAGAAAGGACAAGUCAGUGUCCAGAGCCCAGCAUCCUAAGAAACCACUACCAAGAGCCCCGCCCUGUGACACUCAGGUAGACAGUACCUUAGAUGGCCUGCAGACGGCCAGGCCAUCUUCCACUGUGGAACUGGCAAGUGACAGGCUGCUGGCAAGGGUGACAGAGCCCUGCAGAGCCAAGACUUAAGCACUCAGAAGACUGUGGGUGUGGCUACCAAGGUCAGCGGCCAGCUGGUCUCCAAUGACUCGAGUGCCAGGCAGGGGUGCGGUGGGGCCCCUCCCUCAUCCCCAGGCUCGCGGAGCCCAGCACCUGGACAGCUCUUACCCUCGGCCUUUGCUGUCUCUGUGUCCAGCCUGUAACUACAUCUGCCAGAGCUCAUUGUGCCAUGUUGUAA